UCCUUCCGGCUGGUCCCAUGAGUUUUUCAGCUGUCCACAAAUUUGCCAAUGUCGAUAUUCUGAGAGCUAAGUAACACUUUGUCGUGGUUGAAAUAUCCCGGUGUGUGUUUAACACGAUCACUUAAAUGUGUGUGCUCAUAUGAAAACGACUUCUUGUUCUCAUAUAUCAACGUUAAAAACCUCCGUGCUGUUGUUGAAACUAACUUCUGCGGCUAGCGUUAGCUAAGUUAGCCAGGCUAACCUCUCCAUGGCUCCGCUCCGGCUCCUGUGCAUCCAUGGUUACCGUCAGAACGGCAGCUCGUUCCGCGAGAAGACGGGAGCUCUGCGGAAGCUGCUGAAGAAACAAGUGGAGCUCGUUUACAUGAGCGCACCGCACAGCGUGCAGCAAGUCACCGCUGAAGCUCCAGAGAAGGAGAAUGCUUCGGGUCCUGGACCUGGAGGCGACGAGGACCCCCGGGGUUGGUGGUUUUCUGACAUCGAAGCUCGGACUUUUAGCGCUCAGCAGCAGUGUGAGCAGAGCCUGGGGAUCGACGAGAGCGUCGACGCCGUGAGAGAAGCUAUAAAGGUUCAGGGUCCAUUCGACGGCAUCCUGGGCUUUAGUCAGGGAGCAGCUUUUGUAGCCAUGUUGCUCUCUCUUCAGGAGCAAAAACUCGAGCCAGCAUUCAGCUUCCGCUUUGCCGUCCUAGUUGCUGGUUUCCCCAGCGCAUGUAAAGAGCACCAAAAAUUCUACAAGUCUCGGCUCCAGAUCCCCUCCCUGCAUGUCUUUGGACUGGAAGACCGAGUCAUCCCUGACAACAUGAGCAGGGAGCUCCUCCCCUCCUUCCAAGACCCUCAGAUCCUGACACAUCCUGGUGGCCAUUUUGUUCCUGCUGCAUCGGCUCACAGACAGACCUACCAGGACUUUCUCACGAGGUUCCAGUGAAGAAGGAAAGUCACAGAAACUCAGUCAGCUGCUUCAAAAAACCAAAAGAAAAAGAAGCCGUGAAUAAGACACUUGAAUUUGGCCAAAGAAUGUUGAGUAUUUAAUGUUCAGAAAAAUGUUGUGAUACCAUAAUUGAUUCCAGAGGCAUUCUGGGUAACAAUGCCAAGUUCAGAGUCAUGACCUCUGUUAUCUGGAGGCUGAAUUUUGUCUCUAAACUGAUCAGAAUAACGACUGCUGUCCUUCUCAGGGAAGAUGUCUUCUAACAGACAAUAAAUGAUGGGACAAUUGUUUAUUUCAUGAA